GGACGAAGAUCCAAUUUUUGUUAAUUUACAUAAUAAUAUUAUUAAAAUACAUCGAACAUGGAAAUAAAUAAGUGGGGUUUCACUUUCAUGUCAUCAGUCCAUAAGGCCACAAUAGAUCUUCUUGUUCCUCUCUCUUUCUCUCGCUCUCUCUAAAACUCUUAUUUUCUUCGUAAGAGAUGGAACUAGCGUUGUCUCUAGGCGACAAUACUAAGAAACAGUUCUCUUUUCUGGAGAUGAGCUCGAAGAUUAAUAAUCCCUCUGCCUCGUCGACCUCAACUUCCGACAAGGAUCUUGGAUUCUGCAUGGGUUUAGAUGUUGCUUUUGGUGGUCACAAAUCGUUGUCAUCCUCUUCGUCUCCGUCGGUAGAAGAUGAGAAGAAGAAACCGGUGCCGAGAGCAAAAAAUUCUGAUGGAAUUAGGGUUUCGUCUUCAGUAGAUCCACCAUUACAGCUUCAGCUUCACUUACCUAAUUGGCUCCCUGAGAACAGUCCACAAGGAGGACAAAUGCUCUCAGGAGCAGCUAUGGUUGCAGAGGAGGAAGAGGAGGAGGAGGAAGCGGUGCCUAGUAUGUCAGUAUCGCCGCCGGAUAGCGUAACAUCGUCGUUUCAAUUGGACUUUGGGAUCAAAAGUUAUGGUUACGAGAGAAGAAGCAAUAAGAGAGAUAUUGAUCAUGAAGUGGAGAGAUCUGCUUCAAGAGCCAGCAAUGAAGACAACGAUGAAGAAAAUGGAUCCACUAGGAAGAAACUUAGACUCUCUAAAGACCAAUCUGCUUUUCUUGAAGACAGUUUCAAAGAACACAGUACCCUCAAUCCUAAACAGAAGAUUGCGUUGGCAAAGCAGUUGAAUCUUCGUCCUCGUCAGGUUGAAGUUUGGUUUCAAAACAGACGGGCCAGGACAAAACUGAAGCAAACGGAAGUGGACUGCGAAUACCUAAAGAGAUGCUGUGAGUCACUAACCGAAGAAAACCGGAGGCUUCAAAAAGAGGUUAAAGAAUUGAGAACCUUGAAGACUUCCACACCCUUCUACAUGCAACUUCCGGCUACAACUCUCACUAUGUGCCCUUCUUGCGAACGUGUUGCCACUUCAGCAGCACAGCCGGCCACGUCAGCUGCUCACAACCUCGGUUUGUCCACGUCAUCAUUGAUUCCGGUUAAGCAUCGGCCGGUACAAACAAGUCUCAUGAAAGCACGUGUGCCCAAGUAAAAAUCGUUACAGUUUGAGCAAACGGUCGAGUGGUUUUAAAAGUUGUCUUCAUGUGUAUAUUUAGAUUUAAUUUUCAUAUCUUAUUUGGGACCGUUUCCAAUUUUAAAAGACGAAUAGAUUGAUUAUCCGGUUAGUGGUUUGUUUUUCUUGGAUAGGACGGAUAAAAAACAGAUGGAGGAAAAGGGUUGACAUGUUUAAUUUAUUGAAUGAUAGAAGACAAAAAAGAAAAAGGGAAAAAUAUUUGGUUUGAUCUUGUAGACUUUUAUUUGUGAUUAAAGCAAAAGGGUUUGUCGUGCACAAAAUCCUCACUAGAUACGUUUAA